AUGAAAGACCCAUCUUUCUUUCUCCUCAAGAACUCUCUGGGAGCCAAGAUGAAAAAAGGCUUCAGAAGCUUCUGCAAUGGGGUUGGUUCUGCAUCGACACUCAACCAAAACAAGGUUGAAUGUGAUUCUUCGUCCUCCUGCAUAGUGUCCCCAUCCAUUAUUAGCUCUGCCUUCCGGGAGGGCAUUAAUUUGGAAGAUAGGCCACUAACCCUGGAGGAGAUGAUCUUGCAGCUGGAGUUAGAAGAGGAGGCUACAAGGAAGGCAAAGCUUGAUGACUUUGAUGUGUGUCAACGUAGAAUGUCAUGUGUUAACAACUCUGACAUUCUACGUUCUGCAAGGAAUGCGUUGAAUCAGUACCCUCGGUUCUCUGUGGAUGGGAGGGAUGCCAUGUAUCGAUCUUCAUUCCAGAACAACUUGGCUCCCUUGGCUAGGGGUGGGAGAAAUUCGGUUUGCAGUAGCAAUGGUAUUAGACUGAUCAGGGAGAAGGAUGGCUUUGCUGAUUUAAUAGAUUUGGAGAGAACUCCCGGGUUACCCCAAACAAUAGCUGGAGAAAGCGUGCUUUGGUGCGAACCAGGCGUGGUAGCCAAGCUGAUGGGCCUGGAAGCCAUGCCAGUCACAAUUGGUAGCGGUAAAUGCAGGAAAGAGAAACUAACUCUGAAUUCCACCAUUAAGAGGAGGGAAAAUCUUAGGAGAGCUGAAAGACAAGAAUUGGAGAACAGGAGGCGGCUUGUUAUUGGUACCAACAGUGGUUGCAGGAGGUUUGGGAGAGGGAUAGCAUUGUCGGGCUCAAAUACAACUGGUGGUUACGGUGUUAUGAAGCCGAUUGCAGUGGAGCACGCAAGACGAAAGGGGUGGUCGGGGUUGGAAGGAUCUAUUGUAGAUGUUCACAAUAGUAGAGUAUUAGUAUAG